CCCUUACAUGAAGCUGAUGCACCCGUUCAUCAUUGGCGGCGUUGCCACCUGUACACUUUUGCCAAGAUUCAGGACACCAUGUGCGAGUCUGAGGUGUACGCCAACGACCCCGCGCAACCCCGAAGUAUGCCGAAAUUCAGGCCAGGAAGCACAAGGCCGAGGGCCACUAAAUUUUUGCGACGCCGCAGAGGUUUGUCUUUAAGUGUUUCUCUGUCCUUGAAUACAUCU